AUGUUCAAGCGUUUCAAAAACACAUUCGGAAGGGACAGCAAGGAGAAGAGGGAGAGGAGCAGUUCCGCUUUUGACCCCGAGAAUGUCGCAAACCCCCUUGGCUCGGAUUCGGUUCAUCAUAAUUUAUUACAACAUGGCAAUGAGGGUGUGCACCCAGCCAGUUGUUUCAACCACCGGGUUCAGCAAGCAGGUCUUCACCAGAAGACCUUCGAGCUUGAGGUUUGGAGAACAGGAGCCGUCACUGAGGAUGACACCAAUGUGGUAAAGGCUCCUGCGUCACGUUUCUUAGAAAGUGGCCGAGACUCAGAUAAAGUACAUAACUACAGUUUCGAGUCAUUUCUCAUGGCUUUCGAAGAGAAGCUGCAUAUAGCCGACGGCGGGAACCCUAUACAUAUAAUGUUUGGCAAGCUUGGAUUCCUCGACCACAAAGGAAUUUAUGAAGCUGUGGUAGAUCAAGACAGCUUCGGAGUUGCGCUCAAUAACUUGUAUCUAAAUCGCGGCAACAAUAACGUGUUGACAUUCGUAUUUCAACCAGAGUCUGAGCAGCACAGGAAGAAACGACUCGAGAUCAAGGACGGACACAACGAUGCACGGUUAAAAGAGACGGAUGACGAAGCUGAUCGAGGAAGAACUUUUCCUGGGGAAACACCAAGUAAGAUUUUACCACAAGAACGCCUCAGCCCAUUCACCACAGCAGACUCCGAGCAAGGAUCUGAAGAUAUAAGAAGAGCCCGUACAGAUCUCUCUGUGCAAGUUUCUGCAAUGACCGGUUUGCCAAAUCGCCGAAUUUCGCCGCAUACAGAUCACUUUUCCAACCCGAGAAGAGAGAGUGGAUAUACUGUCGCUACAACACCGCCAAGUCCACGAUCGACGAACAGUAGCAAGCAGUCUCAUAUUGGAUCAAUCAAAGCCGCCGUAAUGAAAGCUGUCAAUGGUCCUGUGAAGAGGAUCCCUGAGACCAAGGAUGAAGAGAGUGAACGAUUCAAAUUCUUGUACCAAGAAGAGAAGCGAGUCACUUUCAAACGUGGUGGAGCCGAGGGAGCAGACGACGGAGAUGCAGAUAAACUGGACAUUCUUGGUGAUGGGACAGCGGAGGGAGAGGCGGAAGAACAACUGGAAGAGAAGCAAAAAGAUGACGAUGACGAAGAAGAAGAAGUCUCAAACGAAGAUCGCAUAGUUAGCAAGCUCCAGAAAUUGCAGAACCUCGGCGAAUUAACACAACUCAGAGAUCCUCGCGACACACAGGAUACGCUCGUUCGCUGGAAGGAAUGCUGCGCGAUGUUCAGACACGAUCCCAAAGGAACCAAAAUUGACAAUUUCAUUACGGUUACUGGUCUCAAUACCAAGAUCUAUCAAUAUCAAGCAUUCGGAGUUUACUGGCAAAUGUUCACAUCACGCGAGCUUGGUGGCGGUUUCCUCGCUGACGACAUGGGGCUUGGAAAGACACUCUCAUUCCUCGCCUAUUUCGUUACUGAACGCCAAUUAUCUGUUCUUUAUAGGGAAGUAUCAAAAUCACGAGCUUUGCAAGAUGGCAAACAUUUGCUCAAAGGCCAGAGAGGCGAAUGUCCCAGUCCAUCAAAAGCGGGAUGGAUCGCAUGUCCAUGUUCUUCUAUAAGCCCGACUUCGAGGAUGGCCCCGCAACCAGGAUUGAGAAUGGCGUGCGUACCACAAGGUUUGGUGGGACAAUGGUGGGCACAGUGGAAAACUCACGUCGAUAUCACCAACAACGAGCUCGCCUUGAAGAUUGUAGUAGACCAUCCUGCAACUUUUAAUAACAUCAACAUAACCAUUGCAGAUAGAUUGGCGAGUGGGGAGACAGCUCAGAAUAUAACAAGGAUGCAGGCUGAAAAGUAUAUACGAGGAAAAGAUGGGAAUGGAGAUGACAGGCCAAAGGAAUACCAUGAAGGGUACCUUUUACUGACGACGAAAGAGACGUAUCCAAAGUUCGCAAGAAAGUUUGAGACAAAUGGCCAAGUCCGUGAUCCAAAGAAAGGUGGGGAGUGGAAGUCUGGGACUAGAUCUUGUCUUAUAUUUGGAAUCGGCAUGAUCGACGAAUCUCACGAAGAAUACUUCAAGAACAAGGGGAGGGCUGAAAUUCUUGCCAAUCUCCCAACUUGGAACAACUCAGUACGGCCUUUCGUCUGGGGCUACUCUGGGACGCCAUUUUCGCAGACGCCAAGAGGGCUCGAGGGGGUCCUUUGGGCGAUUGAGAAGCACUCUGUCACACAUGACACUGACUUCAAAUGGGAAAAGCUUGACGCCAUAUGUAAGGAGUACGACUCCCAGGUCAAGAGCAACAAGAGGGAUGAUGAAGCGGUGAAACAGAUACUCGCUGCAUUCAAGCCGUUCUUGGGUAAAUUCAUGAUUAGACGGACUGCAGAGACCGAGUGGUUCGAAAGCCAAUCCUUGAUCAAGAAACAGCCACAUAUCCACCAAGACGUAUAUAUCAAGCCAAACGAAACAUUCGAUGCAUUGAUCCCUGCUUUCGAGGCAAAGUUCGACUCGGAGAGAGAUGCUGUUCUUGAGCAACUGCAGGGAAAAUGGGACAACUUUCCAGACAGCAGACGGUCAGAUAUUCGUCCGACGCGACUCGGCUUUAACGCCAUAUGCAAGACAUCCUGGAGGUCGCGAAUUCUCGCUACAUUUCCAUAUCUGUUCAAACUUGUCACAAGCGACGAAGCGGCUGACCGCUUGACUCUCACCGGGGAGGAAGUCCAGUCAUUUAAAAGCGCUAUCGACAAAAAGGAGUUCAAUACGCCGUAUGGAAAGCACCUCAGACAAAUUGUCGAAGGAAGCCCAAAAUGCGUGUGGCUGUACACUUUUAUUCCCCAAAUCCUUUCCCAGAAAGACGUCUCUGGCAAUGACCAAAAGCUUGUAAUUUUGACGAACUUUCCGCAAGUGGCCUUUCUUUUGAAACUGUUUAUCCAGAAAUAUUUCCCCGAGGAGAAGGAGCGGGUUGGUGUGAUUGCAGGACGCAUGAAAGCAAGCGAGAAAGCUGAGAUUAUAAACGCUUUCACCGAUGCAAUGGACCUCAAGGGCAAACGAAAGAGCAAGACAGAUGUCCGUUUCCUGAUUGGGACAUCAAGAUUACUUGGCGUUGGUCUUCAGCUAACACGAGCAUCCAACAUCGUGUUAAUGGAACCGGAUAAUGAGUUUGUACGGGAGAUGCAGGCUUAUGCUCGUGUUCAUCGAAUUGGUCAAAGGAACCCACUUUCUAGAUCAUAUCGCCUGAUUGAUUCCGGGAGCGAGAUUGAAGAGGCGAUUUUGAAGAGACAGAAGGACAGGAAUGAGUUUGCCGGCAGGCCCUUUAACGCAGAGGAGGCUGAGCAGAUAUAA